CCUAUCUACUGAAGUCACUCAAUAGGAGGAGUCAUAAAUUGCAGAAGCUUGACUAGAGCUUUAUUUUCUGCUUCCUACUCACUCGCUUCAUUGGUGUCAUUCAGUUGUGUUAGACAUCUAGCAUAAGGAAACACUCAAUUUUCCACUUGUUUGUGGAUAUUACACAUCACUUUUUCUCCACUUCCACAUGCUGAAAUUGUGUUUCUUCAUCUGUUUGAUAUACUGGGUGAAAUCAGAUGAGGGAGAAAAAUGUCCCGAGUUUACAGACCUUAACAUAGGCAAUGCUUUGGCUGGAACAGAUCUCCAGGUUCAGCUACUCCUAUACACAAGGGAAAAUCAAGAUUGUGCUGAGAGACUCAUUGAACACAAUGUUACUGCAUCUGCAUACCUGAAUACAAACAAGAAAAUUGUCUUUGUCAUUCAUGGCUUCAGGCCAACAGGGUCUCCUCCAGCAUGGCUGGGCAACAUGAAGAAGCUUUUACUGUCUUCAGAGGAUAUUAAUCUCAUUAUAGUAGAUUGGAAUCGUGGUGCUACCACCGUGAAUUACAAUACUGCUGUGGAAAACUGCGGAAAAGUUGCAGAAAUACUGAAGAAUUAUGUUGACCAGAUGCUGGUGGGUGGAGCUUCUCUUGACUCUCUGUAUUUGAUUGGAGUUAGUCUUGGUGCUCAUAUAGCUGGUUUUGUUGGCCAGAAGUAUAAUGGCAAACUUGGCAGAAUUACAGGUCUGGAUCCAGCAGGCCCUUCAUUCACUGGAGAACCACCAGAGAGCAGACUGGAUCCUACUGAUGCACAGUUUGUGGAUGUAAUCCAUUCAGAUAUUGAUGUACUAGGUUUCAAGAAGCCUUUAGGAACCAUUGAUUUCUAUCCAAAUGGAGGAAUGGAUCAGCCUGGUUGUCCAAAAACAUUUUUGAGUGGACUUCACUAUUUUAAAUGUGACCAUCAGAGAUCUGUCUUCCUCUUCUUAGCAUCUUUGAAAAGCAAGUGUGACAUAAAAACAUAUCCUUGUGACUCUUAUCUGGAUUACAAGAGAGGAAAAUGUGUUGAUUGUGAUGCUUUCCAACCAAUGUCCUGCCCAGUAGUGGGUUAUCAUGCUGAUAAAUGGAAAAACCUGUUGAUACAAUAUAGUUCACCAACAAAAGCUUACUUCGAUACCUCAGACCAAGACCCAUUCUGCAUGUAUAACUACUUACUGGACAUUAUGACCUGGAAUAAAAGCAUUAGGAGAGGUUUCAUUAAAGUUAAAUUAAUAGAUGAUGCUGGAAACACAGUAGAGUCGCAGAUGAAUAGUGAAGCUUCAACAUUUCAGCAAUAUAAAAGAGUCAAAAUACUGACUGGAUUUUACCAAGACAUUGAAAAAAUUGCAAAAAUUUCCCUGACCUUUUCUACGAAGACUUUAAUAGGCCCAAAACAAAAGCUUAGGAUUCUUCAGAUGAAACUGAAAUCUCUCAAUAAUCCAAAAAGGCCGCAGCUGUGCAGAUACGAUUUCGUACUGAUGGAGAACACUGAAGUGACCUUCAAACCUAUCCCUUGCUUGGAGAGAAGUACAUGAAAAGAGAGCUACUACUAACCUAAUUUCUCUCAGGGCAGUGACAUUUUGAUGCUUCCUCAGGAUAAAGACUGCAAUGAGAAAGGAAAUGAGAUAAGCUAGAUUUAUUUUUCAAGAGUCUACCUGAUAAUAUGCAUUACUUGCUCUGAGUGCCUUAGGCUGAAAUUAAUUGAAAAGUUCAGACAUGUAUGUGCUUGGAAAAUUAUUUGAGUAAAGUAAAUGUAUCAUGGUGGAGGACAUGCAGUGGUCUGUUCAUUACUCUUUGUUAGCAAUGAAGCAACUACUGAAUUAAAUAUGAAUUAUCUGCAUAAUCCUGGCACAUUAUUUGUCAUACAUAUAUUUAAAUAUUUAUUAUUUGUAAUGGCUUUUACAUGGAAACAUAACAAUCUGUCUACUAAAUGAAUUUAAUAUACUGUACAUGUGAUCUACGGAUCUAAUACACAACAGUUUUGCUGUGCUCUGUUCAUUGGAUAAAUGAAUUCAUAUUUUCUGUUUAUGUAACAUUUCAAAAUGAGGAGUGGAGCAAUAAUAUUUGUGAGCACAAUUGUAAAUUUUCUGGUUUUAAUCUGUUGUCUUUAUCAUAGAUGAAUGCUAUUGCAGGCAUUCGGAUUUUUUUUACAACUGCUAUGCACAGAGUAGUGUUGUUUCAGAUACAAAGUAAUCUAAUCUCUAUUCUGAGGAGAAUAACAGAAGUUAAAUGUAUUUCCAUUUUGUUUCUGUUUGGGCCUCUUGGAAUUAGAGCUGCUGCUCAGGUUGAGACUGUUGAGACAGCUUUCCAACUAUUGGGACGUAAGCAGGAAUAAAUGGUACAAAAAUCCUCCUCCAUUUCAGAAAAACAUGUUUUCUUGUCCCAGACUGCCUUUCCUGAUGGAACUGGUUGGAGGAGAGAUGGGUGUGUUUUUCUUCUGUAAGGCUGUUUUAUGUGUUUCAUGCUGGUUUCUCAUGCAAAUGCAUCCUAUGCACAUUAUCCAUUUCCUUUCUUCCCUAUGCCCCCUCUGUCCCUACGCUUGACAGCAAUGCUUGGCUGAACCUAUUAACCAAUUUUGUCUGAAUGUCAGUGGAAUGGGAUGUCCAAAAUCUGUGAAUUGUAUGCUUUGUUGAGUGUCAAAAGCUGGGUGGUAAGGAAGAUGGAAUAUAGUGACCUAAGUCAGGCAGGCAGGCAUGUUUUCACUGCUGGAGACAGCUUCAGCAUGCAGGUCAGCCCAUGCAAAGCUCUGAACCAGCCACUGCACAUGCUUUUACGUGUCUGGACAAACCAAAAAUACACAGACUUGUGGACAGACUUGCUUACGGACUGACUCUUUAAAAGAAAAAAAUAAUUCUAGAGAAAUAGUAAUUGAAUUACCAUAGGCAAUUGCCAUAGCUCCAGUCAAGUUUUAGCAUUUUACUUCAUAAUUAUUUGUUCCUUUCCUUUGAGGCAGUCAUUAGGAGAUACACAGGAGAAAACAUUUUUGACUGCUUAUAUGUUUAUGUAUUAAGGGGUGGAUUUUUACAAUUUCUUUUCUUUUCUGUUUUUGAAACUGCUGUUACUCUCCUUAUUUCAUUCUGCAGGCUUUUGUCCAGCCUUUCUCCCAUCUACCAUAGUCUGACCUUAACAGGUCCCUGAGUCUCCUUUCCUUCCUCACCUUGCCCCCAAAUACCUGCUACUUGUAUCCCUUUAAAGAAGGACAGAGACCUGAGACUAGAUUUCAGAUGUCUGGAACUAGAAUAUUUCAAUGUGUGAUAUAGAUAUUCAGGCAUAAAAAUAUAUCAGACUGAGGUACCUUCCUUAAUUUUUUUGUUUUCCCUGUUCACACAGGAAGGCAUACAGACAUGACUAAGUGUUGCUCAGUGCUGUGAUAAGGGAAUUAUAAUAUUUUAUAAAGGGAAUGAUAUUUUCACACAUCCCUAUAAAAUAUGUGGGACAGGAAUAGUGAUUUUUUUUUGCCUUGAUUUUCAUAAGCUUUGGGUGAAAAGGAAAGAAGCAGCAGGGUUGAUAACUCUGGAGGUUCCAAUAAACAGUGUGAGACAAAGAAACUUUAUUUUCUCAACGUCCAAUUUUAGCUGGUAAUUCUGUUUUGUAAGAGAGACUGUUGCAGGCAGUGCAUUUCCAGCACAGAAUUGCACUUCUCAAGUGGCUGAGCACUUGUGUCUCCCAGCACCAACAAAAUGGGCUGUAAUUGUUUGGAAAAGCAGUGCUUUCUGUGGCAUGCUGCCACAUGCUACUUUGUACUAAUUGUGUCAGCUCCCAGACUCAGCAGAUGAUGCAGAAAAUUAAAAUCUUCCAGGGAGUUCCCUGUUCUGAGGCAAGUGCUGGUGGCUCAGUGCAGCAAACUUCUGCAUGAGAGCUGAAGAGAGGCUGGACUCAUUGCAGUUCAUUUGUGUAUUUGUGUUCAGAGUCCAAAAUACCCACUAACAUUGUUCAUUUUAAUUCAAAAAGUUGUCAUUGGGGAAAUUCAGAAAGGGCUGAAUACACCCAAUCAGCUUCCUUUGAGAAAACCUUAAGUGGUGCAUUAGGUCAUUUCAGAGCAGUUUGAUUUAGAAUUAAAUGUUUGCCUUAUGCAGCUGCCCUAAAUGCUCCAGUUUUCUCCUGGUUCAGUAUUUGGCAAUAAACCCUGUUGUGUUGCCUGGUGAUGCCAUUGUGCUUUGAUUUUCCCACCUGUAAAAUGGAAACACUUACCAAUUUGCCAUGAUAAAUUUGUUAACUUUUUUU